AUGUCGGGGACUAGGGAUUAUAGAUCAUGGACCAAAGAGGGACUCAUCAAAAAGAUCAAGCUGCUUGAAUCGCAACUCGCCAGUCAGCAGCGGCAACAGGGACAAAAUAUUCAGCAGCCUAGACCUAAUACCCCUCCUCAACCACACAAAGCAUCACUAGCAUCAUCAUCAUCACCACCACCACCACCACCACCAGUAGGAUCAUCUGCAAACACAAAUUCUGGAGUUACUGCUGCAGCAACACCACCACCCAAGAACAAAAAGCAAAAAGGCGUCCCUCGCAAUGCCUCGGAAUUCUCGACCCGGUACAUUGCCGUCAAGCUGGCGUACCUCGGCAAAAACUACAACGGUCUCGAGUAUCAACCGUCUGGUGCGUUGCCCGCCAUCGAGGAGGAGCUGUGGAAGGCCCUGGUGAAAACCUGCCUAAUCUUUCCUGACCCUGAGCGCGACCCUAGCGAGGUCGACUUCAAGGUCUGCGACUACUCCAAGUGUGGCCGCACCGAUCGUGGGGUCAGCGCCUUUGGGCAGGUUGUUGCACUGCGUGUGAAGAGCAACAAGCCUCUGCGUAAAAAGAAGCAAGCUACCGUCCAAAUGACCCAGGGUGGCUCGGGCGAAGUAGCUCCGGGGUCGACUGGUGCGGUGGAUGCAGCGGGGGCCCAAGUUGUCCCUGAAGAUAACCAGCCACUGCAAGAGGAUGAGCACGAAGAAGAGGAAGAUGACACGCCGUAUCCUGCAGACAAGGAGAUCAAGUACUGCAAAAUGCUCAAUGCGGUUCUGCCAGUAGACAUCAGAGUACUCGCAUGGUGCCCGAACCCGCCCCCAGGGUUUUCGGCAAGACAUUCAUGCCACGAGCGACAAUACCGAUACUUCUUUACCCAGCCCAUCUUUUCACCUGUGCCCGCACGCCUGGACGGUGUGAUGGGCUACAAGGAGCCAGGAAGCACACACAAGGACGGCUACCUUGACCUCGACGCAAUGCGUGAAGCGGCUCGCCUAUUUGAGGGCGAGCAUGACUUUCGCAACUUCUGCAAGAUUGACGCUUCUAAACAAAUCAGCAACUUCAAGCGGCUGAUUCGAGAAGCCUCGAUUGUCGAGGUGCCUGAGGCAGCCUCUUCUCUUCCCUAUCUAGACACUCCAGAUUUUAGGCCGAGCGGAGAAGAAUCCCAGGCACGGCCGAAAGUGUACUACUUCCAUGUGCGCGGCUCGGCAUUCCUGUGGCACCAGAUCCGGCACAUGAUAGCGGUGCUUUUCUUGGUCGGGCAGAGGUUAGAGAAGCCGUCUAUAGUGUCAGAACUACUCGAUAUCGAAAAGUACCCCGGCAAGCCAAACUAUCCCAUGGCGUCUGACGCCCCUCUUGUGCUUUGGGACUGCUUAUAUGGCGGUCGUACCCUUCCGGACGGGUCGACUCAUGGAGAGCUGGAAUGGAUAUAUGCCGGUGCGGAUGGCGACAGUCCUGACGAGCUGUACAAUCGCAAGGGUCUUCUCGAUGAGCUCUGGGCUCACUGGAGGGGAAAGAAGAUGGACGAGCUGCUGGUCAACCAGCUUCUCCAGCGAGCUGCCACCAUGGUUGAGGAUCCAGAGCGACAGGCGACGAAAGCAUCGACAAAACCAGUUGAACCGGGACCACCGCCCAAGAAAAGCAACAAGGCGCCCAGCCGCAAGACUUUUGAGGGCGACGACUGGUAUAGACAGGUGGGAAUUUAUGAGCCGCUCGCUCAGAGAUAUAUGUUGGAAACCCCAGAUGAGGUCAAUGAUAAGUGGGCUCGCAGCAAGGGGUUCGAGAGUGCCGUCGAGCUCAGUGAGAAUCCUGAAUGGCGGUCCGUCAUCAAGGCUCGGAAAGCUGCUGCUGCUGCUGCUCUUGCUUCCGAGGCUGCCAAAGGUGCGGGAGUUUAA